ACCGACAGCGCCACCUUAUUUCACCCCGAGCAAUACCACGGAGCAGUCCACCACCAAUUUCAACCUGAAAAGUCGGCGUGUUCCUCUCGCUCACAUCUUUCUGCACAGAACCGCAUUCUAUCAUCAGACGAGGAUAAAAUCUCUCGUUAAAAAUGACGAAGGGAACGUCAAGUUUUGGAAAGCGCCGUAAUAAGACGCACACUCUGUGUCGUCGAUGUGGUCGCUCAUCUUACCAUAUUCAAAAGUCCCAGUGCGCCCAGUGUGGCUAUCCUGCGGCCAAGUUGCGCUCCUAUAACUGGAGUGUGAAAGCUAAGAGGAGGAAGACCACUGGAACCGGCAGAAUCCGUUAUCUUAAAGUUGUUCGACGACGAUUUAAGAAUGGAUUCACGGAGCCAAAAUUGGGACGCAAAUCCACAAAAGCUGUCAAGGCAUAGAUAAAUAUUCCUAAUUUUAAGAUUCGUACUGUAUCCGGACAGUAAUUGUGGUAAUAAAACUGCUUUUGUUAUGGAAUA